AUGAUUAAUACACGAAGAGAAAAAUGAUAGGUGGUGGUAUCCCAUAGGCAAACUCUCCGCCACCUCCUCCUCCUAUUCUCUCUCUCUACUCUCCCUUCUCUCUCUCUCUCUCUCUCUCUUCCUUUUUUGUCAAGUACGCACCAUUUUUCUUCCUAUCUCACUUUCUCUCCUUUUCUCUCUUUCACUUUCACUCACUCCCAUGUAACUCUCUUUCUCUCUCUAAACCAUUCUCAUUCAAUCCCAAUGUUGUGCUCUUUCUUCGCUCGGAUCAUUCUUCUACUCAUUCGCAAACUACGGAACACGGUUUUCACUGUUUCGUUCAGUUUGUAGCUCAAUCGGGAAUUUGAUUCAACACUUUUGGAUCUUAAAUUCGUUACUAGUAUCACUUUCUAUUCAGACUAAUCUCACCGUCCACUAGCUGGGACCCAUUUAAAGCUAGAGCUAUGGACUAGCUUAAUGCGAGAAUUGAUAGCACUUAGCUGGAUUUGAAUCUGAGACCUCGAGAGGAGAUUUUGUUUGAUGUUGGUGUUGUAUUUAUUAUACUUCCCAAUUUGACUCUGCUGUUUAAGAGAUGAGUCGUGUGAAAAAGGAGAAUGAAGAUGAUAUGCGCUGCAACGAUCAAUCACAGUCAAUGUUGAAUGGUGAGGGUAACAAGGGAAGUGUUGGUGUUGGUGGUGGAGUUGUUCUGAAGAAAGGGCCGUGGACAACUGCAGAAGAUGCUAUUUUGGUUGAGUACGUUCGGAAGCAUGGCGAAGGGAACUGGAAUGCUGUUCAGAAGCAUUCGGGCCUGUUUCGAUGUGGAAAAAGCUGCCGACUGAGAUGGGCGAAUCACUUAAGGCCAAAUUUAAAGAAAGGGUCAUUUACUGUAGAUGAGGAGCAGUUGAUUGCUCAACUCCAUUUAGAAAUGGGAAACAGAUGGGCACGUAUGGCUGCGCACUUGCCUGGUCGUACAGAUAACGAAAUAAAGAACUACUGGAAUACCCGGACCAAGAGGCGUAAUCGGGCUGGCUUGCCACUUUAUCCUCCAGAAGUGCGAAAAAAGCAAGGGAGUCAACGUCGCCAAGACACUGUUGGAAUCGAUAAUGGUGAUAGAGGGCAUCAUGGUUUCUUGCCGAAAAACAACUAUGAGAUGCAUGAUGUAAUGUUUGACAAUUUGAAAGAGAAUCAAGGAAUCUUACCUAUUACAGUUGUGCCUGAGAAUCCUGACAUUUCUGCGAAUAGCAUUCUGCUAAACAGUCUUGAUUCUCCUCCAUAUUGUAAUUCUGUUCCAUCAACACUAGUUAACCAUCACCAUCUUCGAGAAUCAACAAUGUCUUUUCUUGGCUCAAGUGGAACGAACAAGAAUUGGUUUUAUCCAUUUUACCAUGUUCAGGAUCAUAGUUCUGAGAAGAUUGUACAAUCAUUCGGUUUGCAUUCUCCCCUUGAUCCUGGUUUCUCCUCACAUAACUCAAUGUAUUACCGCCAUUCCCUAUCAAAUGGCAAUUCCUCCACUUCUAAGCCGACAUCCAAGGCUGUGAAGUUGGAGCUCCCUUCACUCCAAUAUCCAGAAACCGGCUUCGGUGGCUGGGGGGGUACUUUUCCCUCACCUCCAUUGAAUGAGUCUGUUGAUGUAUUCAAUCAGUCUCCUCUGCCACAUGGUGCGCUAGAGUCCGGUUGCUCUUCCCCACGUAAUAGUGGCACACUCGAGGACAUAAUUUAUCAGAAGAAAACUCUUCCAAAUUCAAUGAACAAUUGUUCUGACAAGAGUUCGCAUUCAUCUACUGCAACUCCUGUUGAAAGAGCUGAGAGUUCUGCUUUGAACAUGAAUGAAACAGAAUGGGAAGAUUACACUGACCAUGCAUCUUCCUUUGGUGCAACCUCAAUCCUGAAUGAGUGUCAUGCUGUUAACACCAAUGCAAACUCAUGGGAUAAAUUGACACCUGCUCAGAACUUUAUUGGCAACAAUGUGAAAUAUGAGCCUGUUGACCAAGUUUGUACCCCAAAGAGUGAAAAUCAAGGUAUGUCUAUGUUGAACAUCACUUGGCCAGAUGUCUUGUUAGCUUCAGAUUGGCAUGAGCAGUGCUAUGGGCAUGAGAAGAACAUGACUGAGGCUGGUGACAACUUAACAGAUUAUAAGCAUGUGGCUGGUGAGACUUAUUCUUCGACUACAGGGGGUUGCUUUAUGCACAUGGCAUAACAUGCUUUCUGUCUGAAAUAUCUGAUCUUCAUUGAGAAAACAGUUAAAAUGAAUAUUAUGAAUUUUUCCUUAUGCAUUCAUGUUAUUCUUUUGACAUGAGAGUAGUAUUCAGUGUAAUAUCUUUAGGUGUUGCAUUUAUUGUAAACAACCUUGAAACUCCUAGGACUGUGCUUUUUCAGGUAUUUGAAUAAUUUGUAUAAUGACAUGACACAUGAAACUUUGGAUUGCAAGUUGCUAAAUGGAGUGAUUAUGUUUGCA